AUGGUUUUCGUCGGUGUGCAACCUGUGCCUGGGCACGGAGUCGCCCUCAACGCUAGGAACCUGCAGAGGACUCGUUCUGGAAAGGAGUUGCCGCGAAAGCAUCGUAGCCGUUGCUUCCUGUCGGCUGGUAGCAACGGAAGAACGACUUUGCGAGCAGCCCUGCCGCUGGCUCUAUCGCUGACCCGACGUCAGUUGCUAGAACGCCUUUUAUUUAUGGCUGGCGUGAGUGCGUGGCUCCGGCUUCCGGGCUUGGAAGGCGCACGAGCGGCAGGCACUACGACUCCUCAAAAAUUGGACCUCUCAAAGUUCGUGCGCGAUCCAUCCGGUGUGCUCUAUCGCGACUACAAGGAAGGCACUGGAGCUAGCCCGAAGGACGGCGACCUCGUGGUCAUCAACUACAUUGGGUACCUAUCGGAUGGCACGAUUUUCGAUAACACAACUGCAAAAGGGCGAAAGCCGCUGGCAUUCAUUUUUGGUAAGAAGCAGAUGGUGCCGGGCGUGGAGAAGGGAAUCGAAACCAUGAAAACUGGUGGCAAACGUCGAAUAAUCGUGCCCAGUGAACUAGGCUUCGGAGAGCGGGGCGUCUGCAUUGAGGGCCAAGGCUGCCUCGUUCCGCCAAAUGAAACGCUAACUUACGACGUGGAGCUCAUGCGCGUCAGUAUCGCACCGUUCUAA